UUUCAGCGCGUUGUGCCGGCAGAUCACGUGUGUUCGCCGCCGAAAGUACCGCAGAGGUAACUUGCUCAUCGGUCCGAGUGAGUGGAUUUCGUGGUGCGGUUAUCAUACACAUUUUUUUUGGCAGUUAUUAAGUAUUUUAUCAAAACACGUUCAUUUUUCUCAUUUUUUUAUUCUAACAGCAAUUUUAAUCCAUUGUAACAAUUGAUCCAUAUUUUUUUAAUUUGUCGAUAUUCCCUUUCAAACAAUUUUUAUAUCAUCAUCGUGAAUUAAUACGGAACGAAAAAUAGUGACAAUUUUAAUACAAUACAAGAAAUGUACCAAACUCUGAUGCGAUGCAACUUCAAGUUGAACAAAGUGUUACAAAGAUUGGCUACACAUCUUUACAGACGGCCAGUCAUAACUCUUCACUAAAUUAUCGCACAGUGAAUAUAAACAAGCUGAGUAGUUAUGGGCAGCACUACGCUCAGAGAUGAAGACCUAUCCACAAUCAUAACGACUACUCAAAAAUAUGUCAAUGUUACUAAUAUUUACGCAGAUGAUGGGAUUAACUCUUUUUAUUUUUACGAAACCGUACAAUUCACCGUCUUAUGGAUACUUUUUUUGUCCAUUGUCUUGGGCAACGGAGCUGUACUCGUGGCAUUAUUGUUCAACAAAGCACGCAAAAAUCGGAUGAACUUUUUCAUCAUGCACUUGGCUCUAGCUGAUUUAUUGGUUGGAUUAGUCAGUGUAAUGAUUGAUAUGAUAUGGAGAACGACCGUGACUUGGACUGCUGGACCGUACGCAUGCAAAAUAGUCAAGUAUUUACAGGUUGUGGUAACGUAUUCAUCAACAUACGUUCUGGUAGCUUUGAGUAUUGAUCGAUAUGACGCCAUCACUCAUCCUAUGAAUUUUUCUAGCAGUUGGCGUCGGGCCAAAGCAUUAAUUGCUUGUGCGUGGAUAUUGAGUUUUUUCUUUGCAAUACCGAGCAUAUUUAUUAAUGAAGAGAAGAUAGUCGAAGGCCGAACACAAUGUUGGAUUGAUAUGUUGCCGUGGCAAUGGCAAUUAUACAUUAGUAUAGUGGCAACUACUGUAUUCGUCGUACCGGCCAUUAUAAUAACCGGCUGCUAUACAAUAAUCGUCUACACAAUUUGGUCAAAGAGCAAACUUCUGUCGCCGGCCAAGAGCAACACACUUCAUCGUGGAGAUAAGAAGCCGGAGGAACAUGACAUACGUCGAUCCAGUUCCCGAGGCAUAAUUCCAAAAGCAAAAAUUAAAACCGUCAAAAUGACAUUCGUAAUCGUUUUUGUUUUCAUUCUUUGCUGGAGCCCAUACAUAUUGUUUGAUUUACUGCAAGUCUACGGAUACAUACCCAGAUCGCAAUCAAACGUCGCACUCGCAACAUUCAUACAAAGUUUAGCGCCACUUAACUCUGCUGCCAACCCCAUCAUAUAUUGUCUAUUCUCAACACACAUCUGCAGAUCUCUUAGGCAAGUUCCACCAUUUAAAUGGUUACUGUGUUGUCGAAAUUCUACUCAAGAGCAGUUGAGUUAUACAGAAACAUUGACUUCAUCUAAUCGACAAGUGAAUACAUCACUUUUACGAAAUGCUACUGUACAUGUCCAUUCUGUAGUCAGAGCUCCAGUUUUAAAUCGAAUGGGUAUUUCAACAGAAAAAAAUAACUAUGCAGAUUCUCUACUGUAA